AUGAAGAAAAGCGAGAAAAGCGAGGAAAAACCUAAAGAUGAGCCGCAGAAAAAGGUAGAAACGAAAAAGAAAGAUAACCGGGAACGGAAAGGAAAUGACCGCUUUGAAGACCCCCCGAGCGGCUUCGUUCUCAUGAUGGUGGACCUUGGCUAUUCCCGGAGAAAUGCCAGACUUAUCCAGGAAAUUUUCACUUUAAUAGUCUCACUUACAAUCGUCACCCUCUUGGUAAUAUUCAUCAUCAAAGAACAAGGAAAACGUCCCGUCCGGGUUUAUGAAGCUCCUAAAAAAAUUGAGCCCUCUAACCCUUCCAUUGUGUGGCGCACUGACGCUUGGUGGCUAUCGGAAGAUCCUCAGGACCGUGAAAUUGUAUGUUAUGUUGGAGACAUCAAGGUAAGGUGCGAUGUCUUCUCAGAGCAAUACGAACCGCCCGUAGCAGACGCCUACCUGUUUUAUGGCGCUACUAUAAAUUUCUCCAAUCUACCGUUACAUAGGAACCGACGAACGCUUUGGGGUUUGAUGCACGACGAAUGGCCCAAGAGGGCGCCAGAACUGGUGCUGGAGAAAGCAUUGAAUUUGUUCAAUUACUCAUCAACGUUCAGCAGAUACAGCGAUAUACCAAUUCCACUAACGUGGGUCGAAUCAAUUGAAUCUAUAAUGAGCCCGCAGUAUUUUGUGAAUACAAGUACGAAGAACGCUCUGCUCUCACAGAUCGCACCAGUAAUAUACAUACAGUCAAACUGUGACACAUAUACUGAACGAGAUGACUAUGUGACAGAACUGAUGAAAUAUAUCAAAGUAGAUUCCUACGGGGCAUGUCUUAACAACAAACCCAUGCCUUUUAAUUAUACUUCUGCUCAGUACGACAACGAAUAUCUCUGUCAUUUGAAUGAUGACGAUAUGCUCACGUUCAUAGCCAGAUAUAAGUUCAUGAUAGCUAUAGAGAAUGGUAUUUGCAACGACUAUAUAACGGAGAAGUUGUGGCGUCCGAUCAGACUGGGCGUUGUGCCCAUAUACUACGGUGCGCCCACGAUCAGGGAGUGGCUGCCGAAUGAGAAGUCAGCUAUUCUGAUCGAAGAUUUCCCUACGCCUGAGCUGAUGGGUAAACAUCUGCAGGCGUUGAUGGCCAAUGACACGUUAUACGAAGAAUAUUUAGAUCACAAAAUUUCUCAUUAUUACACAAGUGAGACGCUGUACACAGAAGCCCGCACGAGGCCUUACGAGAUCAACUUCGUCCAGAGCAUGAACGUGUUCCAAUGUUUUAUUUGUCAAAGGAUUUAUGAAAAUUGGACUCAAAUCAACAUGGUGACUAGAAGACAUUACGAUUGUUUCCCCCCUACAUCUGCAGUAACUUUGACUCGAAUUAUGAACGAGACGUGGCCAGAAGUGGUGGAAAAGGCUCAGAAAUCUGUUGACUAUGCUUACGAUCUACUCCUCAAUCGGAAGAAGCCGACGACUGCAACCUACCCUACUAGUAACGUUACUGAGAAGGUUGUUGUCACCGGCACUAAUAAUAUUGUUAAUUCUACCGAAAAAGAUGUCAAUAUUACUGAAAAUGUCGCCAAUGACACGGAAAAGGUUGUUCGCAAUGCUACCGAAGCACUUGUGGUAACUAUUAAAAUUGACAGCGUAACUAAUGCAACCCAGUAA